AUGUGGAUAUCCAUCCCCUUCUGCCUGAUAUACACCAUCAUCUUUCCGGGAAAUGGCAUCAUUCUUCACAUCAUCCGAAUUGACUCUUCCUUGCACCAACCCAUGUACUAUUUUCUGGCCAUGCCGGCCUUUGUUGAACUUGGUGUCUCUGCUCCCACCAUGCCCACUGUGUUAAGCAUAUUCCUCUUUGGCAUUAACGAUGUCAGUUUUGGUGGUUGUCUGCUCCAGAUGUUUUCUAUGCACUCUUUCACUCUUAUGGAGUCAGGUUACCUUCUGGCAAUGUCAGUGGACCGCUUUGUGGCCAUCUACAGCCCACUGCCCUACACAACCAUCCUGACAAUUGCCUGCAUUUCUGGGAUGGGUGCCGCCAUUGCCUUGCGCAGUGUAAUGCUUAUGCUCCCAUUGCUCUUUCUCCUGAGGCGUCUGCCUUUCUGUGGCCACAAUACCCUCACACACUCUUAUUGCCUCCACUCAGAUCUGAUCAAAUUGCCCUGUGGGGACACACGCCCCAAUAGCAUCCUGGCUCUAUUUGUCAUUACCUUCACAUUUGGACUGGACUUAUUGUUCAUUGUGGUUUCUUAUGUGCUGAUUCUUCAUACAGUACUGGAAAUAGCUUCUGGAGCAGGGCAGUGGCGGGCACUCAACACAUGUGUGUCGCACAUAUGUGCUGUGCUUGUGUACUAUGUGCCCAUGGUCAGCCUCUCCCUGAUGCACCGCUUUGGACGGCAUUUACCUCCACUUUUCCAGACUGUCACGGCCAAUGCUUACCUCUUCUUUCCUCCUGUGGUCAACCCCAUUGUCUAUAGUAUCAAAAUCAAAGAAAUUCGCAACAGCGUUGUUCUUACACUAUCCAGGAAGAGGGGUGAGUUCUAA